AAAGGUUACACAGCGGGAUGGGCAGGCCAGGGUCUUGGGACCAAGACAGUGGGUGACCCCAAAAGUUGUAUUGCUCCUGGUGACCCCUGUUUAUUACCUUGCAGAGGGCUCACGGGACACCUGACCCUGGAGACAAACCUGUAAGGGGUCACCUGUACCCGUAGGCCCUUCAGGCUGGUGACAGGCCAGCUAUGUCCAUGCCAUUGAUUGGGACCAAGAGACACCCCCCCCACCCUGGUGUGACCUGUUAACCUAAGCGGUAGCACUUCUGUCCCCAUGUCCGUGCCCCCAGGUGCUGGGCACACCACUGUCCCUAACGCCCGCCUCUGUUUCAGCACCUCCUGAAGCCUCGUCAGGAUGCACCCACUCCGGCGCCUACCCCAGGCUUGGUUCUCCAGCUGGUCGGCCCUCCUGAGGCUCGGAGGACAGGGCCUCCUGCACACAGCCCCGGCCGCCCCCUCUGACAGCUGUGCACCCGUGUUCACCCGCGCCCCAGCCUUCGGGGACAAGAUGGCCCUAGUGGACCGGCACGGCCGCCACACGUACCAGGAGCUAUACUGCCGGAGCCUGCGCCUAUCCCAGGAGAUCUGCAGGCUGCGGGCGUGCGCCAGUGGCGACCUGGGCGAGGAGCGUGUCUCCUUCCUAUGCUCCAACGAUGCCUCCUACGUGGUGGCACAGUGGGCCUCGUGGAUGAGUGGCGGUGUGGCCGUCCCACUGCACAGCAGGCACCCUGCCGCCCAGCUUGAGUACUUCAUCCGGGACUCCCGCAGCUCCAUGGUGCUGGUCAGCCCCGAGCAUCUGGAGCUCCUGGGCCCCGUGGCUGGCAGGCUGGACGUCCCCCUGUUGCCGCUGACCCCCGAGGUCUGUGGUGGGGCCACGGCAGCCCCAGCGGAAGCAGAGGCACCUGCACCCCCGUGGAAGGAGUGGAGCUGGAAGCAGCGGGCUGCCAUGAUCAUCUACACGAGCGGGACCACUGGCUGGCCCAAGGGUGUCCUGAGCACCCACGCCAACCUCAGUGCCAUGGUGACGGGGCUCGUGGACACGUGGGCAUGGACACAAGACGAUGUCAUUCUGCAUGUGCUCCCGCUGCACCACGUCCAUGGUGUGGUCAACAAGCUGCUCUGCCCGCUCUGGGUUGGGGCCGUCUGUGUGAUGCUGCCCGAAUUCAGCGCCCAGCAGGUUUGGGAAAAGUUCCUGAGUUCGGAGUCUCCACGGGUCAACGUGUUCAUGGCAGUGCCCACGGUCUACUCGAAGCUGGUGGACUAUUACGACAAGCUCUUCACGUCGCCCCACGUGCAGGAGUACGUGCGGGCCAUGUGCCUGGGCAGCAUUCGACUAAUGGUCUCGGGCUCAGCCGCGCUGCCCGUCCCGGUGCUGGAGAGGUGGAGGGACAUCACGGGUCACACCCUGCUGGAGCGGUACGGCAUGACGGAGAUCGGCAUGGCCCUGUCCAAUCCCCUGACUGCUGCCCGCCUGCCAGGUUCUGUGGGGACCCCACUGCCAGGUGUGCAGGUGCGCAUUGUCUCCGAAGGUCCGAUGCGGGAGGCUGGCCUCCACACAGUGCAUGCCGAGGGGGAUGAGAACAGGACCAAGGUGACGCCGGGCUUUGAGGAGAAGGAGGGGGAGCUGCUUGUCAGGGGCCCCGCGGUGUUCCGGGAGUACUGGGACAGGCCGGAUGAGACGACACGGGCGUUCACGCCAGAUGGCUGGUUCAAAACAGGGGACACAGCGGUGUUCAGGGAGGGCAGGUACUGGAUCCGAGGGCGCACCUCUGUGGACAUCAUCAAGAGCGGGGGCUACAAGCUCAGCGCCCUGGAGGUGGAGCGGCACCUGCUGGCUCACCCCAGCAUCACAGAUGUGGCUGUGAUCGGAGUCCCUGAUAUGACAUGGGGCCAGCGGGUCACUGCUGUGGUGACCCUCCAUGAGGGGCACUCACUGUCACAGCAGGAGCUCCAGGAAUGGGCCAGGGGGGUGCUGGCCCCGUAUGCCGUGCCCUCGGAGCUGCUGCUGGUGGAGGAGAUCCCACGGAACCCCAUGGGGAAGGUCAACAAGAAGCAGCUGCUCCACCACUUCUUCCCGAGCCAGGCAGGGUGAGGGGUGCGCUGCGGGACCCACCCCUAAUACCAGGCACCGCAGGCUGGCCCACACACGGGUGCCCCAAAACCCAGCGUCCUCCGGCUCAAGUGCUCCCUGGACAGACUGCCCCCCAACUCCGGCACGCCCAAGUCCGGAGCUGCACACAGGGAGCACGCUCAUGACACCACCCUCAGUCCAGGGCACCUCAGAGCCCAUGCCGACUCAGAGCCACCCUGGGGGCAGGACAGAACUGCCCGGGGCUUCUGGGACUGCAGCCCUCUAUGGGAGUAGAAAGGGAGCCUCAUUUUUCUCCCUUGGAGCAGCUGGUGGUUUUGAACUGCUGACCUUGUGUAAGCGGCCCAACGCGUCCCCACUAAACCACCAAGUCUCCCUCAGCUCGGUGCCCCCAACAGCACUCCACAUACGGAGCAACCCUAACUCCAGCCAUCCCCAAAUUAGCACCUCAUGCAGGGAAUGUUCCCCAAGUAGGUGCCUACACAUAGCCCCUCCCCCUGUUGCAAAUGCCCUGAACCCUGCACUCCCCUUGGUGACUGUACCCCCAAUGCACUGAGCCCUGCCCAGUGCCCAACCUGGCCUCCUGGCAGCCCUCCUUCAACCUUGGGUGGGAGGGCCAGUGUACUAAACUGCCGUUCACAGGCUCACAGUGAAGACAGACGUGGCCAUGCCCUGGGGCAGCAAGGGGGCACCAAGAUGAAUAAAGACCCUGACCCUGCCUGCA